AUGAAGGCAGAAAGAGGAAAGGUGGAGUAUGAGGAAACUCGCAAGCGUCCUCGAGAUACUUCUCAGUCUUCUGGAUCAGGCAAUCAGCGCCGUCGUGUUUUCAUUCCAUACAGUGCUGUGCCUCGUGCUCCUAAUGCACCGAAGUCUUCUGGUUAUGCUCCUCGCCCACAAGCUCCAAACAACGCCGGCGGAACCAACUAUCGUCCCGCUAUGGGUACUCCAGGCAGUGGUGCGUGCUUCACUUGUGGUCAACCUGGCCACUUCAAGAGAGAGUGCCCUCACAGUGUUCAUGGAGUUCCACAGUCAAAUAUGUCUACCAAGCCUCCAGUUGCUGGUCGUGGUCGUCUGACCCAUGUCACAGCUGAGGAAGCUGAAGCAGAUCCAAGCGCAGCUGCCUGGCGCGCCCCUCGCCGUCGAUCCUGCCGGCGGCCUGGAUGGCCCCCGCCGCCCCUGGCCGCCUAUAAGGCCUCGCCGCCGACCAGGGGAGAAGCCCCGUUUCGCCACUCCUCUCCUCCCCUUUUCUUUGCGCCGCGCGGCCAAACCCUAGCCCACGGCCGCUCGCCGUCGCCGCCGUUUCCGGCCACCCCGCGCCCCUCCGAGAAGCUCCCAAGCUCCGCCACGACGUCCUGGUUCUUCUCCACCAAGCGCCGGCCGCCGGGGAUCUCUCUACCGCGCCAAUCGAGCGGAGCCCGUGCCGCCGGACGUCGCCUCUCGCCGGCGAUUCCGACCCCCGCCGGAGCUCGCCGCCAACUCCAUCCGCUUCCCCGUGAGCCCCUGGUCCUCAAGCGCUGCUCGCCUCCCUCUAUUGCUGCUCGUAGUGUCCCGGCGACGUGCGCCCGGCCCCGGCCUCCGCGCGAGUUCGCCGCCGGCCGUCUCCGGCGACCUUUGGCGGGCGGCGCCGCUCCCGGGAGGUUCGCCAGCCUCGCGCGCAUCCAACGCGCGCAGCAGCGCGUCCUCCCGGCCGCUCAAUCACCCAGGCCGUGCCCGACCUGGCCGGCCAGGCCAUGGCUGACGUCGCGCUGA